GGCCCCGAAAGGUGGCGCCACGCAGCCCGGUCUCCGCCACGGUCCCUACCAAGCCCGCGGGGAGGGUGGCGGUGGACACGCUGCCCGCCGAGCCUGGGAGGGAGGCGCCUGCCUCGGCCGCCCGACCGAGCGCGCCGCAGCUCGCACUGUGGGCUGCGCCCCCACCGGCCCGCGGGACCGGGGUCCCCGCGCCGCCUCGGCCUCCGGCCCCGCCCAUCCCGCCCUCGGCGCGGCUCCACUCGCGGCGGGCGCGGCGGGGACUCAGGUGGAGAUGCGCGGGCGCGCGGCGAGCUGGGGCGCGCGGCUGCUGCUGCUGCUGCUGCUGCUGGGCUGCGCGGGGCUGCGCGGGGGCCUGGGCUCCUCGCUGCUGACAGGUUCUGUUGCAAAAUGUGAAAAUGAAGGGGAGGAGCUCCAGAUCCCGUUCAUCACAGACAACCCGUGUAUAAUGUGUGUGUGCCUGAACAAAGAAGUGACGUGCCGGCGGGAGAAGUGCCCAGUGCUGCCGCGGGACUGUGCCCUGGCCAUCAAGCAGAGAGGCGCCUGCUGCGAGCACUGCAAAGGCUGCACCUAUGAAGGAAACACCUACAACAGCUCCUUGGAGUGGCAGAGCCCAGCUAAGCCCUGUGUCCUGCACCAGUGCCAGGAGGGCGUCAUGACAGAGUCUGAGGUGCGCUGUGUCGUUCACUGUAGAAACCCAGUGGAGCACCCGGGAGCCUGCUGCCCCACCUGUCCAGGCUGCGUGUUUGGAGGUGUGCAGUACCAGGAGGGAGAGGAGUUCCAGCCAGAAGGGAGCAAGUGCACCAAGUGUUCCUGCCUCGGAGGCAGGACACAGUGCGUGAGAGAAGUCUGUCCCAUUCUCUCUUGUCCCCAGCACCUUAGUCACACUCCCCCAGGACAGUGCUGCCCCAAAUGUUUGGGUCAGAGGAAAGUGUUUGACCUGCCUUUUGGGAGCUGCCUCUUUCGCAGUGACGUGUAUGACGAUGGGUCUUCAUUUCUCUAUGACAACUGCACAACGUGUACCUGCAAGGAUUCUACUGUGGAGUGUAAGAAGAAGUGUUCCCGCCCUGGUAGCUGUGACAGAGCCAAGGAGGCCUGUUGUGAGCAGUGCCUCCUGCAAGUGCCCUCAAAAGCUGUCAGCGUGUGCAAGUUUGGCAACAAGAUUUUCCAGGAGGGCGAGGUGUGGUCCUCAGCCAACUGCACCAUCUGUGCCUGUGUGACUGGCAAGACGGAGUGUCACAGGAAGCAGUGUGUGUCCAUCAGCAGCUGCCCACGGGGUAAAAUUCUCAACAGAAAAGGAUGCUGCCCGAUUUGCACUGAAAAGCCCGGCGUCUGCACGGUGUUCGGAGACCCUCACUACAACACUUUUGACGGCCGGACCUUUAACUUUCAGGGCACGUGUCAGUACGUGUUGACCAGAGACUGCGCCUCCCCUGCCUCACCCUUCCAGGUGCUGGUGAAGAACGACGCCCGGCGAACGAGUUCCUUCUCCUGGACCAAGUCAGUGCAGUUGGUCCUGGGCUCCAGCAUCGUCAGCCUGGAGCAACACCUGGCCGUGCGCUGGAACGGCUCCCGUGUGGCACUGCCCUGCGAUGGACCACACUUCCGUGUGGACCUGGAGGGCUACCUGCUGAAGGUGACCACCCGAGCAGGUUUAGAAAUAUCCUGGGAUGGAGACAGCUUUGUGGAGGUCAUGGCUGCCCCUCAUCUCAAGGGCAAGCUGUGCGGUCUCUGUGGCAACUACAAUGGACACAAACGUGAUGACUUAAUCGGUGGAGAUGGGAGCUUCAAGUUUGAUGUGGACGACUUUGCUGAGUCAUGGAAGGUGGAGUCAAACGAGUUCUGCAGUGGACCUCAGAGGAGACCAGUGCCUGAGCUGUGCCAGGGGACAGUGAAGGUGAAGCUGCGAGCCCAUCGAGAGUGCCAGAAGAUCAAGUCCCGGGAGUUCCAGACCUGCCACUCCACAGUGGACUACGCCACUUUUUACUGGUCCUGUGUGACAGACAUGUGCGAGUGUCCAGCCAACAGAAACUGUUACUGUGAGUCGUUUCUGGCCUAUGCCCGGGCCUGCCAGAGAGAGGGCAUCAGGGUGCCUUGGGAGCCGCAGCAGCACUGCACAGCCACCCAGUGCAAGCAUGGUGCUGUGUAUGACACCUGUGGCCCGGGGUGUGUGAAGACCUGUGACACCUGGAAUGAGAUCGGUCCUUGCAACAAGCCGUGUGUGGCAGGCUGCCACUGUCCAACAGACUUGGUCCUGCACAGAGGACGAUGCAUCAAGCCAGUCCUUUGUCCUCAACGGUGACCUCUGUGCCAGCCAUUGAGACUGCAACCUGGUGUCCCUAACACUGAAAUAGAAGAGCCAGGGAAAGACUGCUGUGCAUGUGUGCCUGACUCUGCACACAGAGUACGUAUGUGUAAAUACAUAGCGGAAUAGGUGUAUUCGAACAUUUCAUCAUUUAUAUGGACUACAGUGCAGUAUUAUAUGUAUAUUUUUUGCUAUAAGACAGGUGUUGUUUCUGGGAUCCUAAUCUGUAAGCCAUUGGAUAUGCUGUAUAGACACUCCAGGGGCAUUUAACAGGCAGUGUGCAGACCUCGGGAAUGGCUGUGCCAUCACACACCUUUCUCAUUCUUAAGGAAGUUUCCUAAAGACCCUCAGCUGCUGCAUUCAUUUUAGCUUGGAGUCAGUGUUUGUCAAUGAGUGGGAAAUGUGUUUCUUUAGAGAAGAGCACAUGUAUUUGAGGACAUUUCAUGUUUGCAAAGACAGGACUGUAUGCCUGACAGAGAUGACAGGAGACUGGGACAGGCUCUUAUGGUGCCUGCAAAGCCAAGGGGUGGGCUGCUAGGCUUCACUGGGUCAUGGUCUGAUAUUGUUUGCAAAACUGGCUGUCACCAAGAAAUACGGGUAUGUCACUAGGGCAGCCUCCUCAUUAUAUAGAUCUGUGUGGUAGAUGUGACCACUUAUGUCAUGUGUUGGGAUGAAAGAGUAUCCAGGUGGCCUGUUAGUGGUAUUUAGCAUGAGGAGUUUGGAGAAAACAUUGCACAACAGAUGAAAAAUAUCCAUGUCUCUGGAUCUCAGAGCAAUCCAGUGAGGAGAUGGAGGCCCUCUAUCCUUCAGGAUACACCAUGUAUAAAACAAAAGCCUUUGACUGUCUCUAGAGAGUUCCUGCCCAGUACUAUUUGCCUAUGAAGAGAUCCUAGUUAUUAGAUGGGGGAGACUUACUCACCAGUUGCUUUAAUGUCACUCCCAAGCAAAGAAUGUUCUGUGUACUUUCUCCAACUUACCAAUAAUGUCACUACCAGUCACCAUGUGAAUUUCUUGAAUUGCUUUCUAUUAAACAAGGGAAAAUGUCAACAGAAACAAAACCAACUUUUGUCUAAAAAUAGAUACUCUGCCUUGGAAUAAAUAAAUGGGUUAAGUUUCAACCAAGGCAUUUUCUCCUUUGAGACAUGCUGAGUUAUGCUUCAUAAAUUAGUUGUAUCAAUGUCAGAUUAGCCCAUUUUAACAUUUUAGUCAUAAUUGAUAGACCCUACCUUUUUAAUUUUUAAUUGAUAGAGAGUUCUAUUAAUAGACAAAAAAAAUGGCUACAUUCUGGCAGCUGCAGGAUUAGCCAUCUUGUCAAAGACUUGUGUGCCCUUUAUAUUCUCACAGCCAGGGUAUGGGGAGUUUCUCACCAGAGCCCUGCUAGCUGUUGAGUGAGCUGAGCACAGUCCCCGUAUAGUGCUGAUGGCCAGCAGCUGUCUUUUUGCUCCUCGCUCCUCCUCUCAGGUCUUAGCCUCUGUUCUGUCCUGUACAUACACUUUCAUUCUCCUUCUCUAGGUAGGGUGGGCCCUGGGCUGGGAGAAGCCCAGAAGCGAUGCCAUGGUCCACUUAGUCCCGUUGUUGUUCCAGCCCUUGGAGCUCAAAGAGCCAGAUGCUCCCCUUGCUCCUCCCUGUAACUCAGUUAGAUGAAGUAAAAGGCUUGGGUGACCCGGGUGCCUCUCACUCAGGGCCCGAGGAGCCUCUAUGCAGACAGACAGUCUGUAAUGUAGGCUUUUACUUCCGGGACACAUGCGUGUACCCCAGCAGACCUCAGAGUCCUUGACCCACUCACCCAGCCCCAAGCAAGACUCACUGGACCCUGCUCAGGUGACACUGCGAGUGAAGCAGGAGGAACAGGGGCCUGCAUGUUUCUGGUGCUUUCCUGGGUGUCAAGGAUUUAAAGGCUCAGUGAGGCACAUGACUGUCCCAAGGCCACAGCCAGUAGUUUCGGGUGGACAUGGUCUCCCCGGUAUACUCUGUUGCACGCACAGCAGCCCACGUAAGGAAAUUUCUUCUGUGGACCAGAGUGUACUUAUUUCUACAAUGAGCACAGACCAUGUUCCUACUGCAUUUGUGGACAGGCUUUCCAAGGACGACCACAAUAAUUUGCCCUGUGUGCUCUGCUCCACUGAGGCAUGGCCAGGCGCCCAUAGCUAGAGGCAAAUGUGCCACCUUUCCUGAUGGGUAUGGGCUGCCCUUGGUGGCUUUCAUGUUGCCAGCAGGUCUGACAAUUGCAAGCCCAAGAGUGUGGUUCCAGGUGACAGUUCCAGCUGAGCAGGGGCUUCCAUCCCACCCAACCACCAGAUAUGGGAAGGGAGAAGCCUCCAGAUAACUCCAGCCCCAGCCACCAAGGGUCCCCAGCCGUGGCCAUUCCACAUGCAUGGCUCACAUUUCUGUGUAUCUGCUGGGCAAAGCACCAGUGCCUUUGUUCUAGAUUAUCACUUGGAAGAUGCUGACAGAGCACACAGCCUGAAGAAAGUAACUGCGCCACCCUCCGAAGCAAAGGGCAAGUUUGCUUUCAGCCUUGGAAGACAGAGAUAGUGUCCUCUUUAAUAAAGAUACUGUCUUCUUGGGCUUAAGGCAGGCAUGGCCCGCUGACUUCCCUGUAUAGAAGAUUAGGGUUCCCAGUGUCCUAGGUUUCCCUCUUACAGUGCCACCCACUACAUAGGAGGUAUCACCUGGCUCUCUCUGCAUCACCCUGAGGAACUAGGCCCCAAAAAUGGACACAAGAAAGUACUGGAACUCAGGCUCCUGCUAUUCCUAUACAAAAUAAAGUCUCUGACCCACCGUCUCCUGUUUUCCACCAACAUCCACACAGCUGUGGCAGGUUGACUUCUUGUUUUACAAGUGAGUGAGAAUCUCAGAGCCUGGUAACCUAGUGCACACAGUCUUUGAGUUCAGCUCCCAAGGAUCCAGGAACAUCAGAAGAUGGCCUUUGCUUUACAGCAUGGUUUGAGGAGCAUUAAUAGAGAAUCAGAAAGAGGCAGAUGUACGAGACUGAUUCCUUUUCUCCGGGGAGCCCACAGCCUAUGCAAAAGAAUGAGUGACUUACAUAGAAACAAUAGACGAAGCAGGCCCAGCAUUACACACAAGUAACCCAGCACUCACGGAGGUUGAGGCAAGAGUUCACAAUUUCAAGCCCAGUUUAGGCAUCUCAGUGAGACUCUGUCUUGAAAAAAAAAAAAAUAAUAAGUAAAUUUUAAAAAGGAAGAGAUACAGUUCAGUGUGAAGGCCCUGGGUUCAAUCCUCCGUACCACAAAAAGAAAAGAAAAUGGAAAAAAAGUCAAAUAUCCAAAGGCUCCCUCCCUAUGCUGAGAAUUGUGUUUUUGUGAUCCAACCCACAAAUAUAUCUGAUGGCCUUUGGAUGUCAAACACCCAUGUCCCAUCAUAAGUGGGAAUUUAAUGUAAUUUAUGUAGUAAUUUAUGUAGUAAUUUAAUGUGUUUUAAUUUUUUAAUCAAGUUUUCACUGUACAUCCAUAGAAUUCCAAAUUAGUCAUCCUGCUUCAAUAUAUGAAAUCACUAUUUUUCAUUUCUUCCUGUAUUUAAAAUUUAAAAAUACAAAAUACAUUUAGCACAUGAUUGAAAAUGAAAUUUUGUUUGUAAAAAAAAUAGUUUGUUUCAGUUAUAUAUAAUAGGAAACACUACUUUUCUUUGAAAUUGAAUUGAAUUAAUUAUUAAUGUGUGUGUAUCUCUUUGUUCUGGUCAACACUCAUUUUCCUCCAGCUGUAGGGGCACGGUAUGCAAGCCUCUGUCUUUAUCGUUCAACAUCCUGGUUUCAAGUCUUUUCAGGAACUCAGAAGCUGGUGGUUGACAAGCACUGUGCUUGACACUGGAACACAGCAGAAGGACUUGAGCAGACUGGGACAUCAAAGCUGCUGAUCUGCACCCUCAGGGGGAGGUGGGAGGUGACUUAGGACAUGUAGUGUGUCAUUCCAGGAACGGAGAACAGCAGGUGAAGCAGCAGAGGAUCAUCGAGAUACCCAGAACUGAAAGGCAGCAUAUGCUAGCUUAGCAAAAUACCUUCACGUCAGGCUCCUUACCCUGAGCCGGAGAAGUGAGAGAGAGGCUGACCAUGCAGAAAGCAGGGUCCAUAGGAAGACUGAGUGGGACAGCAGUCCAUGCACCUCCUCUGCAAUCACUUAGCUUUCAGAAUGUUCCUUUACCUCUAAACCAACCCUAAUAUCUGCUCACAUUAUCAUGAGACUCAAAGUGUCACAUGUGUGCAUUAUGAAGUGUUUCCCAUGCGAUCUGUUUAAUACCACCUAUUAUUGAAAUUUUAAAAACCUCUGUCAACUUCAAAUUGGAUGUUGGCACAAGGAAGUGUGAGGUAUAGCAAUAAUGCAAAAGGCCAAAUAAGAUCAUUUACAUUACAUUUUGAAUUAUGUUAGAAGAGUUUUCAUGGCUAUUUUCUUCCUUACUUUGCUCACUGAGAUUGCCAUCCACUUGUAUCCCUUGCCCACAUAUACAUAACAGCUUUCCACUGAUAUUCUACCCUCUAUCUGCAACUCACAUACUGAUGGUGAGAAUACUCAGGUGAAGCUGAACAGCACCUUCACUGACUGUACUGGAUCAAACCACACCCAAGGAUCUAGGAACUAACUUUUUGACCGAUGUGGCACUGCAGCUAUUGGAAAAGCCAGAGCCCAUAAACAGGGCAUCCUCACUGAAGGACAUGGAUCGAUUGCAGGUACCGAAGUACCUCUUCAACUUGCAUGGAGUGGUGGCCACAAUAGUGCCCCAGCUCUGGAACCUUCUGUGAACAGGAAUGUGCUCCUGAGGCACAACCUCUAUAGGUCACCAUGGUGGCCAAUCAGGUCAACUCUUCCAGACAGUCGCUGGCCAGCGAGCCAGCCAGGGACUGAGCGUGACUUGUGAACCUGGUCAUUUCUACCCAGCACUGGCCUCCUCCUACAUGGGAGCACCUCACUGAGUGUCUUGGUUACUUUCCUCUCAUUGCUGAAGCAAAAUAUGCAACACCCAAACUGAAGAAAGAAAAGGUUUAUUUACCUCAUUGUGCAAGUUUCAGUCCUUAAUCCACUGGCUCCUGGGCAGUGUGGGCUGGCACCGAGACAACACUUCAAGACAGCGGCUGGCAAAAGCAACCAGAGCAAAAGAGAAGAGAAAGCCCCUUUGCCUCCCUUGUAUUGUAGGUGUAGCACUCAAAAUCUCCUUGCCCUCCUGUUGCAUGGGCUCAGGAUAUUUACAAAGUGAGAACCCUGGCUCCCUGCUGAGUCGCUUAGUUAAAUUUCUUUUUUUUUUUUAACUUUUUUUUUUGUCUUUUUCAUUUUUAUCGGUACUGGGAAUCAAACUCACAACUGCCUACUUGCAAGGCAGGUGCUUAUGCCACUGAGCUAAAUCCCCAGCCACGCUUAGUUAAAUUUCUAACUCCAGAUGACACACUGUAUCAUCCAUAACACUGAGUAUGCUGACACCUGUUGGCAUGUCCUGUGCUUAUCUGAAGACUUCCAGACCACCUUUCCUCUGUGGUUUUGAUUUUUGUUUUUGUAAUAUAGUGAUUGAACCCAAGGCUCUUGUACUGAGCUCCACUAAAGCUCAUUUAUAUUUUUUAAAUUUCAAGACAAGAUCUGAGUAAGUCAUUAUAUUGGCUGUGCUGGAUUGAACUUCUAAUCCUUCUGUCUCAACCUCCCAGAGUGCUGGGAUUACAGGCAUGUAUCACCACACCCAGCUUAUCACUUCUAUUUUAAUAAGUGUCACCCUUCCUAGUUUGACCCAUCUUAGUUUUCCUGACCACCUACAUAUGGUGCCACCAAGGAAAUCAUUCACUCUACAGCCAUACUGAGGGAUCCUCUGCCUCCCAGAAAUUUUUCUAAGGCCACAGCUCAGUAGCCUUUUUCAAGGAAGGAUAUGUAUGCCCAUGAGAUGUUUGUCAUAUAUAUAUAUUCCCAGGCCCUGGCCAGAGUUUCAAGUCCUUGGGAUGGAAAACAGUUCUCUGCUGCUACAGAGGCAUAGGGUACACGUCUGUGGAGAUCUAAGCACUGGUCACUCAGUCAACCCAGCCAUUGAGAAGAACAUCUAAUAAAACCACCUUAAUCUGAACAAUGGCUCUAAUUUAUUCCACAUAUUUAACUAAAUGAUUUACUGUAUUAUAAAAACUGGUUUAAUGUCUUUUAAACUAAAUAAAAGGAAAUAUACCUUAAAAAGUUACAAUGUAUAAGAUGUGAUCAUAAUAGAUGGUGAGUGUUCAGGGUUUGUUUUUUAAAUUUCAAUAAAAGACCUAUUUCCAUGA